GCUGCUACGGUCAUUGAGUGAUGUCGUUGUAUAAUAAGUGAAAUGGCGGGAUUUCGUGAAUAUGAAAAGUUUUUAACAAACUUUAUUUUCUCGUUUUCAUGAACGAAACCGUCUUUAAAAACAAAAGUACAGAUUGUACAUUGAUAUAAAGCUAUAUAAAUAGUAAAGUUAGUGAAAGUUUGCCGGUUAGGAUGUCGGUUAGUUCAAAGUGGCGGUUACCUGACAUUUUUUGUGUGGUGUGUUGAAUGGUUGCCGGAAUUAAGUUAAAUUCGCGCCGCGGGAAUGGGUGAAUAAUCUGUUGUAGUUGUUUCGGGAACAUCUACUGAGAUGCCUUUUGUGCAGCGCGUGUUGGAGCCAAAGUUUCUCUCACGAACGAGUUUGCGAGAUGAGAACGGGAAGCCUAAGGUCACAGAUGAGGAACUCCAAGCGGUGACCAACUGUACACUUAGCAAUGCGCUCCGGCAGCUCGCCUCUCUGGUUCUCCUGGCUGAAGACAUCUUCAGCGAGCUCACGUCGCAGCUGGAAGGAAUAACCGAGAGGUCGAAAUGUGCGCGGACGAAGAUUGAACGUAUACACGACCUGGUCGAGAAGUAUGACCCCAAGAUAGUACCAGUCCCUGAGGGUAGCCUGUCUGAUUUUGCGUUGCGUAAAGUUCAUUACACGGCGAGUAAUCCCCUCAAGAAGGAACUAUUCACAGCUGACACUAGACCAGCAAGCUUACGAAACUUGUACGAGAAGGCUACGACCGAUCGCCUCUCCGCCUCCAUCCUCGACCAGCUAAGAAGAGAUUCCCAAACUUCUCCAUAUCUCGUGUGCACGCCUGUGCUAAGCACUAAGAGAAGACGGAUAUAUCAGAAAGUCAACGUUGAGAUUGAAACUAGAAUUCCUUUAGUAGUAGAACACCUUCGAAGAUGGACGUCAAAAGAAGCGGUAGGCGACGUGACAGCGCUGCCAGACGCGUCCAUGCGCAUCGCGAGCAGCGUCACUCUGACGCCCGACGAGCUGUCGGAGUGCGGCUCCGGCGACGACGAGCCCAUCGACCACCGCCUGCCCAGCCCCGAGGAGCAGCUGCGAGUCAUUGCGUCCAAAUUCCCACCCGAAGUGGUCGCCAUAGACACGUCGGGCAAAUUCUUCGAUAGAAUGUGUAACUCGCGGAAAUCUCUCCACAUAGAGACGAGUACCGGUGAGACGGACACGGUGAAGCGACGCACUCGCACAAGGAAACCCCGGGGUAAAAGACGAAACACCAUUUCGGGCACUGAUCAGAAAGAGCUUAGAGAGGCUAUAGCUGGUGAUACACCAAAUGCUGUGGCUUCUGAAGAAAUUGAAGAUAGCACUGUCAUCAGAUCCAAGUCAAGUGAUUUACUUAAGAAAAGUCCGUCAGAUGCUACUGCUAAGAAAAGUCAUUUUAAUAGCUUGAAACAAUGGGGCAAAAACAGAUUAAAAAUGAUUGGCAGGUCACCUAGUACGAGUAGAGAUAAUUUUAGAGACUCUAAAGUUUAUAAAAGUAAGGAGUUAAUAUCCAUCACUGCCACAGAAAAUGAUCAAACUCAGGAAGCUGUAAGUAUGCGCAAAAAACGACCAGGAGAAGAAGAUAGAAGAUCACACCAAAGAUGUGCUUCUUACUCGUCAUCCGAAAAAAGUAUCGGAGUACCGACUAGUAAUCAUACAACUGCUACUAUUACUACUGGAGUAAAAUUAAGAGGAGCUUCCACGCAAAGAAGAUCUAGGCGGUCAGGAAUUGGAAGAGAUGAGCCGCAUUCGUCUAGCGGUAACUGGUCUGCAAGUUCAGAAUCUGGUAGAACGAGCAUAGGCUCUGAAAUAACUUCCACAACUGUGCCACCUAAAAGUUCAACAUCGGCGGCAACAUCUAAUAAUUCACUUAAUUACCACCACGGCCCGCCCAGCUCGAUUAUCAGUAGAAGAAAGUUCCUUAACACAUCCGGUUCAGGAAGCGUAACAAGUGAAGGCACACUAACUCCAGAUAUAAUUCAUGAUUUACACGAAGAUUUAGAAACAAGCUCGGAGUUUUCUUGUGAUACAGAGGGAUAUUAUACUUCUUUUCAUAUGGAUUCAGGUCUUAAAACUUUGAAAGAGGAAGAAAUGUCGCCUAGUACACCUUUGCACACUACCACGGCUCUUUCAAAUUCUUCCAAUAGCCAAAAUUUGACAGCUGAAAAUGAAUACGAACUUUUUGGCAAAGGAUCUACUAGUACCACUACAAGUUCUGCUGGUACUGUUUGCACAACUUUGAUGGCAGGAGAUAGUGAUAGGUCUUCUUUGAUAAUAGGUCCCACUGUUCCUGAGCGUAAGAGCUCCUUAACUAAAAUUACUCGUAGCCGGGGAAAUAACCUCAACUCCAGUUUGGAACGUAGUUCAAGUUCGUCGUUUUCUAGAUCUCCAUUCACAAGUUUGAGAUAUACAGCAAUGAGAUCAUAUGCAGAUAAACAAUCUGCCAAUUACUCGGCACCUGAAAUAAACGUAACUUCUUCAAAUACCGUAACUAUUACGAAAAAUAUUGGUAAUCAAAGAGAAAUCACUGCCGUCGCAGAAGUGCAUACCGAAACCGAUCUCGAAAGUGCAAAGAAUUGUACAGGUACAAAUUCACCAGACUCCGGUCAUAAUACUUCAAGCUCGCCGAUAGAAGAUUCAGUAUCUAGUGCUCAUGGCAAAAACAGUCUCUCGGAACAAGAUUACUCUGAAUCAUCUGAUCUCGAAGGAACAGAUAGAAUAGAAAGAAUCAGAUAUAAAACAACUAUUAAUAGUUCCAGAAUUCCAUCUAUGUGUGUCAUAACACCAACAAACUCUGAUGAUGAAAGCGAAACCAGUAACAAGGGUACAGAAAGAAGUAAACAAAACACAAUUCUAAGAAACAAUGGAGAUUUGGUUAAGUCAUCUAGUAGACCAAAAUUAGAUUUACCUAACGAAGAAAUGAAAUCUGAUAUAAAAUCAUACAAACCACAAAAUCAACCAAAAUCAUUACAUCCCUUCAAUAAUUUCAUGUGUAGAUUAAAAGGAGUACUCCCAAGUAAGCUAUCCACGAAAAAAUCACCUGUUGCCAAAGAUGUGGAUGUAAUGGAAGAUUUUUAUGAUUCCGGUGAUUAUGUGACUAUUGCUGAUGUUAAGAACAAUAACCAAAAGGUUAACAUUAAUAGAGGAAGCUAUGCCAAUAAUGAUAUUAUUCGAAAGAACUUACAAACUGUUUUGUCUGGUAAACUGACAGAGACCGAAUAUGUUUCUUUAAAUGAACUUCCGAAUUGCUUAGGUGAUAGUAAAGACUAUGUAGAACACGGCUUGGAACCAAAAGAAUCGAAAGCUUUGGAAGAUAUUCAGAGAAAGGGUGCAAAAGUUACGCUGGACUCUCAAGGUCAAGUGAUUUAUACGUCAGACACACUUAAGAGGAGAAAAGGAGCACACACUACAUUCGAACCAGGACCAUUUGUCCAAGAAAUAUGCCCCACAACUGCCAUAAUACAAAGAGAAAGCGCAGAUGUUGUAAAAAUAACGGAUGAGACUGAUUUUCCUUAUGAACCCCCACCACCUUCCAGCAAACCUACAUCUCCACAGCUGGGUAAAACUAUUAUUAAGGCUCCAAUAGAUCCCCAUGGUGUUAUGACCAAGGAAUUUAUUACUUUGCCGCCUCCUAAACCAAGCACUAUAAUUGCUGCUAUGCCUGUCACUGCUCCAGCUGUUAUGAAUAAUAACAAAUUAGAUGCAGUCCCAAACGGGAGCAAAGAUCUACCGCGCAUAGUCGAAGCAAUAACAAGAACAGGUGCUUACGUAAAUAUACAUGAUGCAGAGGGUGUCAGCUUGUCUCCAACGAAAGAUGAUAAUACAGACUAUCGACAUUCAAUUGCUGUCAAGCCUCCAUCAAAACAUCAUCAAUUACAAGAAAAUCCUCCAUCAAUCGACUUGAACCAUCUUAAUCCUACACUUAAUAGAUAUUUCACGGCACAUCUUCGUGGAAGACAUGGUGUUAUUAAUUAUGAAAACGAACCUGGCAUAAUCCAGCCAAAAUUUUGGACCCUGCCUAAAUCCACUUCUUCGGUUACCAUCGAGAAACCCAUUUCAAUAGAAGAAAAAACUCUUUAUAGCCCGAAAAGGCAAAGUAUUGCUGAAACACAAUCCAUCGAACGAGUUUUUAGGCAGAACUACGAAGAUUCCAUUAAAAUAUCACCCAUUGAUCCAAGAACGGCAGCCACUUUUAAAUCAUCAACACCAACCAACAAAGAAAAUGUUAUCGAUUUAAGUUCCCGACUUUUAUCUCCUGUUAAAUCGACAAUGACAAACGAAGAGCUAUACGCAGUCAUACACAAAAGUAAAAAGAAGCUCAAUAUUAAGGAAAUCCCAGACCGCGCAGAAUCGCCAGCAUUAACUGCAUUAAAUAUGUCGCCCGUAAGCGUAUCUGAGACAUCUUUAAAUGUUAAAAGUAGUCAAAGGUAUCCAGAAACUGGCUACUUAGGAGAUAGUAGAAACAGAGCAAUAUCGAAUGCUGACAAACAAAACGCAAUGUUACAAACUGGGGGGAUGUUAGCCAUUCAGAAGCAGGAGACCUGUGCAGACCGAUAUGGACCUCUUCAGCAAACAUCAAGAUUAGAUUUUAAAAAGUUACUGUUACAACACAGCGUCAAACUCAACACACCUACCGUACAAAGUAGGUCAAAUAAACUGUCCGCAGUAGAGCAACUCAAACUUUCUAAAGAUAAAACCCAAGUUCCUUCAACUCCCCCAGAAAAUAGAUCGCAAAUUAAUAUACUUGAUCUGAGUGGAUCACCGAAAACCUAUACCAAUAGAAAGACUAUAAAAAUGAACAACCAACCACUGUCGCCUGGACGAACCAGCAAUUUAUUAAAAGAACAUAAAAAUUCCCCGAAGAUUCUUCUCUCUCCUAAGUCGCAGUGGCGAUUUGCAAGUCCGCGAUCAGACGUCCUAUCUACGCCUAUACCUGAAGCAAACAAUGAAGAUGAAAAUUCUAAUAGCUCUGGAGAAAAAUGUGAUAUGUCUCCUGUAAUCCCACCGUCUAAAACAGUUCCUAUAGUGACAAAUCAACAUUUUGGAGCUAGAAGGUCCCUAAUGCCGAUUAGUGAUAAGAUUGAUGAAGACCGAAGUUCUAACAUAGAUCAUGGUAUAUUCCCAAUAGGCACAAACUAUCCUAAUACUCAAGUGUUAUCCAGAUCGGAAAUAAUACAAGCAAAACGAGCGGAAUUCUUCAAAAAUACUCCAGAAACGUCAGCCCCAAAAUUUACUUCUUUUAAAAGUACUAAUUCUCCAAAUAAUGAAACGGCUCUAAGAAAUAAAGUAUCUCCCGAAAGAGGGAAAACAUCACCAACUACAUUAGAAACUGCCUUAUGAUGAACUAUUAUGUGGGACAAAACGGAAAAGCGGUGCUUUUUACACGAUUGUUCUAAAAUGUAUAUAUUAUUUUUAUUUAUAAAGGUAUGAAAUUUAAGAAGCUUUAAUCUAGUCUUUUCUUGCUUAGUGUGCCAUUUAACUGGCAUCAAUAAUUAAAACCAGUGUUCAACAACAUUUUGUGUCUGUUUUGUUUUUUUUUUAUAUUUUACAAUAGCUCUAGUGGGGCCAAUCUUAGUUUAUGAAAUUAAGAUAUUAUUCUAAACUAGGAACAUAGUUACAAAAUAGUGUUUAAGUAUUUAUUCAGUAGUACAUUAAAUCUACUUUUAAGUAGGUCUGAUUUUUGGGUUUUUAAGUUAUUAAAAAUAAAAUUUUAAAUAAACGUUUUGAACAAUA